UCCAUCCAUCUAUCUCUCACACUGAUCCAGGCUCUCUCCACUACUAUAUGCAAGUUAAGUUAGUGCACUGAAGGAGAGCCUGAGAUACGUCGUCGUACACACUUGAUUAAUUAAUGGCGUGGAGGAACAGCGGGCGGGUGAAGGUGAUGAACAGGAGGAGCAGCAGGAUGGCAGUCAUGGCAGCCGCCGUGCUGGCCGUGUGCAGCUUUGCGGCGGUGACCAUGGCCCAGCUGGAGAUGGACUUCUACAGCAAGACGUGCCCGAACGUCGAGGAGAUCGUCCGGCGGGAGAUGGAGGAGAUCCUCCGGGUGGCGCCGACGCUCGCCGGCCCGCUCCUCCGCCUCCAUUUCCACGACUGCUUCGUCAGGGGGUGCGACGCGUCGGUGCUGAUUGACUCGACGGCCGGCAACGUGGCGGAGAAGGACGCCAAGCCCAACCUCACUCUCCGCGGCUUCGGGGCGGUGCAGCGGGUCAAGGACAAGCUCAACGCCGCCUGCCCGGCCACCGUCUCCUGCGCCGACGUCCUCGCCCUCAUGGCCCGUGACGCCGUCGUCCUCGCCAACGGGCCCUCCUGGCCCGUCUCGCUCGGCCGCCGCGACGGCCGCCUCUCCAUCGCCAACGACACCAACCAGCUGCCGCCCCCCACCGCCAACUUCACCCAGCUCUCCCAGAUGUUCGCCGCCAAAGGCCUCGACGCCAAGGACCUCGUCGUCCUCUCCGGCGGCCACACGCUCGGCACGGCGCACUGCGCGCUCUUCUCCGACCGCCUCUACAACUUCACCGGCCUGGUGAACGACGGCGACGUGGACCCGGCGCUGGACGCGGCGUACAUGGCGAAGCUCAAGGCCAAGUGCCGGAGCCUGAGCGACAACACCACCCUGUCGGAGAUGGACCCCGGCAGCUUCCUCACCUUCGACGCCAGCUACUACCGGCUGGUGGCCAAGCGCCGCGGCAUCUUCCACUCCGACUCCGCGCUGCUCACCGAUCCCGUCACCAGGGCCUACGUCGAGCGCCAGGCCACCGGCCACUUCGCCGACGACUUCUUCCGCGACUUCGCCGACUCCAUGGUGAAGAUGAGCACCAUUGACGUGCUCACCGGGGCGCAGGGCGAGAUCAGGAACAAGUGCUACGCCAUCAACAUAUAAUAAAGUAACUGCAUCUGCAUGCAUGCGCACUAAUCAAAGGUUCGAUUUAUUUGGUUUCUUCCGUCAAUUUUUUUUAAUUGGUUUCAGUUUAUUUGCAAAAAAGAUCGUGUUAAUUUGGUUUGGGUACAGUACAGAUGAACGAAUCCAUCACUGCGUACUAUGUAUAUGUGUGUAACUGAUGUACUAUGUACGUAGAUUGCAUGCCAAUGGGUUUCUUGUUUUGCUACUUUUUAAUUUGUUUUUUGGGGUGCGUGGCAUCUAUGUUCAACUCUUGUGAAUUCAUUCAUGAUAUAUGUAAUAAGUUCAAACGAGACAAUAACUAAAAUAUACUCUCUUUCACAAUUUAUCACUA